CCUCAACAACCACAACAACGACGGGGACAUGAACGCGAUCAGCGGAACACGCAGCUAGAGCUCCAGAGCUGCAGGCGGGGCUCCGGUUCACUCACAGCUCGUGUUCGGGUCAGUUUGGAUCAGUAACUCUGGGAUGGAAACUGGACUCCGUCAGCUAUGGCAGGAGGUCCGGCUCUCGCCACUCUCUUCCGUCAACAUCGCCACCGUGGGCGUUUUUCUCGUGGUUUUCUGCCUGUUGAGGCACUACAGCCGCACGAGGCGCUUCCUCAACAUCCCUCCAGGGCCAACACCGCUGCCCAUCGUCGGCAACUUCGGAAGCUUGUUCGUUCCCCCCUUUAUUAAAAAACUUCUCACCCCUCGCGGUGAAUAUGAGAAGAGCAAAGCAAACCCGCUGUCGCCACAGGUGGGCCUGAUGCAGCUGUCCAGACUGUACGGGAACCUGUACAGCAUCUUCGUGGGGAGUCAGCUGACUGUGGUCCUGACGGGCUACGAGAUCAUCCGAGACGCCAUGACCAACUAUGCGGAGGUUUUCUCCGACAGACCGGACAUUCCUCUCAUUUCCAUGCUGACCAAACGGAAAGGCAUUGUGUUUGCACCUUACGGCCCAGUCUGGCGAAAGCAGCGGAGGUUCUGCCACACAACUCUCCGAAACUUUGGUCUUGGCAAACUGAGCCUAGAGCCUUGUAUACAGGAGGGCUUCGCCAUGGUCAAGGCUGAGCUGCUGAGGCGAAAUCAAGAAGCAGCAGGAUCUGACGUGGAUCUGACCCCCUUUAUCAGCAACGCUGUGUCCAACGUCAUCUCAUCCAUCAGCCUGGGCCGGCGCUUCCACCACCAGGAUGAGGAGUUCCGUACUCAGCUGAACCUCAUGGCCCACGGACUGGAGAUCAGCGUCAACAGCCCAGCAAUUCUCAUCAACAUCUUCCCGUGGCUCUACUACUUACCCUUUGGCGUCUUCAGGCAGCUCCGCCGAGUGGAGAAGGACAUCACAGCUUUCCUUAAGAAGAUCAUAGCCCAACACAGAGCCACUCUGGACCCUGAAAACCCCAGAGAUUUUAUAGACAUCUAUCUGGUGGAGCUGUUGGCCCAGCAAGAAGCAGCAGUGUCAGAAGAAAGUGGGUUCUCAGAGGAAUAUCUCUUCUUCAUAAUAGGGGACCUAUUUAUUGCAGGAACUGAUACUACCACUAAUACAAUACUAUGGAUGGUGCUAUAUAUGUGUUUAUAUCCUGAAGUCCAAGAGAAAGUUCAGCAAGAGAUCAAUGCCGUGGUGGGAUCUGGCAGACUUCCAUCUCUGACAGAUAAGGGAACUCUACCGUACACCGAGGCCACUAUAAUGGAGGUCCAGAGAAUGACUGUAGUGGUGCCACUGUCCAUACCUCACAUGGCUUCCAAGACCACAGAAUUUCGAGGGUAUACAAUUCCCAAGGGCACAGUUAUCAUCCCCAACCUCUGGUCGGUCCAUAGAGAUCCCACUGUGUGGGAGAAUCCAGACGACUUCAAUCCUUCACGGUUUCUAGACGAACAGGGACAACUUCUGAGGAAGGAGUACUUCAUUCCGUUUGGAAUAGGUCGCAGGGUAUGUAUGGGUGAGCAGCUGGCGAAGAUGGAGCUUUUUCUGAUGUUCACCAGCCUGAUGCAGGCCUUCACAUUCCGCCUUCCUGAUGAGCAUCAGCCUCCCCCCAUGCACGGCCGCUUUGGCCUCACUUUGGCCCCCUGCCCCUACAAAGUUUGCGUAACACCACGCUGACCUAAGCUGGGCUUCACGAAUGCAGAGUGGCACAAAGAUCACCAUUAGAUUGUAGAGCCAGGAAUGUUUUUGAAACAUUCCUGGAUGCACAAGGAUCCUAAUGCUACAGUGCUUUUAAACAAACUGGGUCUUGACCAGUACUUUGCACCUAAACCUCAACUGGCAUCCAAAGGAGGGCUGCUGUUCAUAAAAAUGGUUUUGGCUAAGAUGGACAGCGAUUUGAAUUUGGUUAAGCUGGACUGUAAAACUGAUUCAAGCUUUGAUUGUGAAAAAUCAGUGUUAUUUGACACCGAACCAUUUCACUGUUUUUGUAAUGGGAGUUCCACCACUUUGUGAAAGUCCAUUGUUGAGAUGUAAACUGCAUCAUUCAGAGUGGCUUGAUAUGAAUUGUAAAGAAACUUCCUCUAAUUUCUUACAGUGGUGGUGAUGCGAACCAGAGAUCACAAUGUCUACGCUUAUGUUGCUGCUGUCCGAACAAAACCUUGUAUCUCCAAAAUGGUGACUUUACAGGAGAAGGAAUAACAUACUUCCUUUUAAUGUAAGUCAAUGGGACCAGACUUUUUUCCAGUUAUGUUUUGGCCAUUUCUUUUGU